AUGGCUUCCGUCGGCUCCUCGCCCCGCCCCGAACUCCUAAUGGCAGUUCGUAACGAGCACAACAAGCCCUCCGUCUUCCGGCACCUCCUCGUCAUCCGUCUGCUCAACGCCUGGUGGGUCCUCACCUUCUUCCAGCCCGACGAGUACUUCCAGGCCCUCGAGCCCGCAUGGGGCAUGGCCUUUGGUGAGGGGAGCGGUGCAUGGAUUACAUGGGAAUGGAAGUACCAGCUCCGCUCCUCCCUCCAUCCCGCCCUCUUCGCCGGAGUCUACACCAUCGCAGACCUCGUGGGUAGACCUCUCCCAGUCGCCGCACGAUCAUGGCUGCUCCUCGCCGCCCCAAAGGCCACCCAGGCCGUCUUCGCUGCCGCCGGUGACUGGUACACCUGGCAACUCGCCGUCAAGAUCUACGGCGCUGACAGCUCCGUCUCAUGGUUCGCUCUCUUCAUGAGCAUGUUCAGCCCGUUCCAGUGGUACUGCUCAACCAGGACGUUCUCAAACUCCCUCGAGACCAUUCUGACCAUCGCCGCCCUGAACUACUUCCCCUGGGAACUCCUCGGCGAGCCCAAGCUCACAAAGGAGAACCCAAAGCCGUCCGGCGGCUCCAUCCUCAACACCCCAGGAACGCUCACGAACCUCCGUCUCUCGAUCCUGCUCGCCGCCGUCGCCGUCUUGCUCCGCCCAACCAACGUCCUCAUCUGGGCCACCGUCGUCCUCGCGACACUCACCCGGCCUCUCUUCGCCCGCUCCGUCCUCACCCCCUCGACCGUACUCAUCCUCCUCCGUGAGGCCCUCCUCUGCGGCGCCCUCGCCCUCACUCUCUCCCUCGCCUCCGACCGUCUCUACUUCGGCGAGUGGACCUUCCCGCCGUACAAAUUCCUCUACUUCAACAUCUCCCAGUCCCUCGCCGUCUUCUACGGCCGCAACGACUGGCACUACUACCUCUCCCAGGGCCUCCCCCUCCUCUCCAUCGCCUAUCUCCCCUUCGUCCUCCUCUCCCUCUACAAACCCCCCUCGACAUCCUCCAAGCUCCGCAACCAGACCCUCAAAACCCUCUCCUGGACCGUCUACGUCACGAUAGCCGCCCUCUCCCUCAUCUCCCACAAAGAGGUCCGCUUCAUCUACCCCCUCCUCCCCAUCCUCCACGUCCUCGCCGCCGCGCCCCUGGCCUCCUUCUUCACGACCCCGCCACCACCACCAACCGCAAAAAGUCCCCUCCCCAAACCGCGUCUCCGCCGCAAGAGGCUCCUCACCCUCGCCCUCGCCCUCCACGCCCUCCUCGCCUUCUUCCUCACCCUCCUCCACCAGCCCGCGCCCCUGACCGUCCUCGCCUACCUCCGCAAAACCUACGCCCGCCAAAACCCGACAUCCUCACCCACGGCAGCUACAUCCCUCGCCCACAACACCACGGCCUCAGACGAGCUCUUCGCCCUCUUCCUAACCCCCUGCCACACCACCCCCUGGCGCUCCCACCUCCACCACCCCUCCCUCCGCGCCCGCGCGCUCACCUGCGAGCCGCCCCUCCACACCGCGCCCAACUCCCCGGAACGCCUCAACUACCGCGACGAGGCAGACCGCUUCUACGACGACCCCCAGCUCUUCAUGUCCACCGAGCUCUGGCCAACAUCCUCCUCGACGACGGCGGCCACGGCAGAGCAGAUUCCCCGCUACAUCAUCGGCUUCGAGGGCAUCGAGCCCUGGCUCGCCGACUUCUUCCUCCGCGGCGCCGGCAAGCACCUCGGCGUAGCCCCGAAGCGCGUCUGGCAGGGCUGGAACGGCUUCUUCAACGAGGACUCCCGGAGGCGCGGGAAGCUCGUCGUCUGGGACACGGGACUGUACACCACCAAGUCAUGA